CUAGAAUCGCGCAUCCCGUUUUGAUAGACAGUGAUUUUUCUACGUGCGUUUUACAAAGUGCAGAACUAAGCUUUAAUAAUUUGCCGGAAAGGAAGUGUUGUGAAACUUUUUUUUCCAUUUCCCUAUCGAUUACCGCUUCCGCGUAUUCCCAAAUUCAGUUCAUUUGAUGUAAGUCGCUCUGGGAACAAAGCCAAACAAGAAAAAGUAGAAACUUGUAAUGCUACUCAGCCGGAACAAAUUUGGUAGCCUCCAGCCGCCAAAACGAUUAAAAAUCGACAACAUGGAUGUCUCAUCCAGCGCGGAAUUCGUGAUAAUACAUGGCAACUCUCAUCCGGAGUUAGCCAAUUUGGUUGCAAAUCGACUAGGCUAUAAAAGCGGCGGAUGCUCCGUAUAUCAUAAAACAAAUCGUGAAACGAUGGUCGAAAUAGGCGAUUCAAUUCGAGGGAAAGAUAUUUACAUCAUUCAAACGGGAACUAAGGACGUUAAUAACAAUAUUAUGGAGUUGUUGAUUAUGGCCUAUGCUUGCAAAACUUCAUCAGCUCGGUCAAUAGUUGGUGUCAUUCCUUACUUACCAUAUUCAAAGCAAUGCAAAAUGAGGAAACGAGGAUGCAUCGUAACGAAAUUGUUAGCUAAGAUGAUGUGUAAAGCCGGCCUAACCCACAUUAUCACUAUGGAUCUACAUCAGAAAGAGAUUCAAGGAUUUUUCGAUUGUCCAGUGGACAAUUUAAGAGCUUCACCAUUCUUAUUGCAAUACAUCCAAGAGAGUAUUCCCGACUAUCGGAAUUCUGUUAUUGUUGCACGGAAUCCUGGAUCAGCGAAAAAAGCUACUUCAUAUGCCGAACGUUUGCGAUUGGGAAUCGCAGUUAUUCACGGUGAACAAAAAGAAUCUGAAAGUGAUGAGGUCGAUGGACGAUAUUCUCCUCCUCCACCUUCAAGCCGUUCGCGUACUAUGGAUGUAUCAGUAGGUGUACCAUGCCAUCCUGCCAAGGAGAAGCCACCUAUUAACGUAGUAGGCGAUGUAGGCGGUAGGAUUGCAAUUAUGGUCGAUGACCUUAUCGACGAUGUUCACUCGUUUGUCGCUGCCGCUGAAGUUCUCAAAGAACGCGGGGCCUAUAAAAUUUAUGUUUUAGCUACACAUGGAUUGCUCAGUUCAGAUGCACCACGACUUAUAGAGGAUUCCCCUAUUGAUGAAGUCGUCGUAACAAACAGCAUUCCUCACGAAAUCCAGAAAAUGCAGUGCCACAAAAUCAAAACAGUUGAUAUUUCCAUUUUAAUCGCCGAAGCAAUCCGUCGAAUUCACAACAAAGAGUCAAUGUCAUAUCUUUUCCGAAACGUAACUUUGGAAGACUAGAUGGAUCUUUGGAAGAUUGUCUACAAUUUUUAUAUAUGUCUAUCUCUACAAUUACAACAACUGCAGAUACAAUAUCUGUUGAAAUAUCUUUUGAAUUUUCAGUAGCUUCAAAGCAAAGAUAUAUUUUGUACUUCUGUCAACGAACUAUUGAUGAUUUUAUCUUGAAUGUGAAUUAUUUUGUUCUAUUUUCGAUGUCGAAGCAAUUGAUCAGCUUUCUAGCUGCCUUCAAAUGCACCAAAGUUUAAUUCGUUGUCUGCACUUAUAUUCUUAAAGAUUUUAGUUGAGCAUGAAAACUGCUAGUUGAGUUGUGUAACUCUUUUCGUUUUAGUAUUCCAAUUUCCGGCAGUACCAAGUAUUUCUGAAUGAAUGUUUUUGUUAAGAUCACUCCAAUGAAAUAGUAGACUAAAUCAACACAGAACAAAGUGAAACUCCUUUGUCGUUGAGAAAAAACUUGUCUAAAUACAUAUAUUUUAUCCUAAAAAUUUAUUACCAAUAAAUGAAAAGUAAAUAUGUUAGAGCAAUGAA